CACGAAUUUGAUUCAAUUUUCUUCCCAUGAGAUAAUCUAGCAUAUGCAGAGGAACAAAGGCAUCAGUAUUCGUUCGUUGAUGUAACUUUUACCGUUUUCAAUUUAAAAAAGAAAACAAAACAAUUACAUAUCCCAGACGCGUCCUGUUUCUUCUUCCAGCUUGUUCCCUUACUCUCGGGGUUUUGGGCUUUUAUUUAAAAGAAAGGGCACGGAAAGUUUGCAGAUGUCAUGAGCAGCAGUGAGAGACCUAAGUAGCAACUAGCUGGAGGUUGCUUUUCCAACAGUCUUCCACAAUUUCAGCAAAACCUUACAUGUACAAACAUCCGAAAUAUUCAUCUGCAGUUUAAACUUUUCUUCCUGGUACUAUGGCUACUGCUCGGGUUGCAGAAUUUUAUGUGCAAAAAAGAGCUCAUGUAGCAGAAUAUCCACUUCCACCUGGAACAGAAAUAGACGAGACACUUCAAAAAUCAGUGGAACAGAAAACCGGGUUAAUUGCAGGGAAUACAAUUACUCUUAAUGAAAUUCAGAGAGAUCGGAUCACCAAAAUUGCAGCUGCAAACUGGUCAAUAUCUCGAGAUGGAGUGUCAAAGCCUUCUUUCAGUCCAAGUCUCGUGGAUGAGAUUUAUAGAACUGAACUUCUUGAUACGAGUGGCAGCAAAUCUGUUCCUUUGCACAGGGUGAUGGUUCUUGAAGUUAGCCAAUACCUUGAAAAUUAUUUGUGGCCUAAUUUUGAUCCUGAGAAUUCAACAUUCGAGCAUGUCAUGUCAAUCAUUCUAAUGGUUAAUGAAAAGUUUCGGGAAAAUGUCCCAGCUUGGAGAUGCUUUCAUGACAGGGAGGAAGCAUUUGAAGGUUUCUUAAGACGUGUUUUAUUACUGAAACAGCAGGAAAGAAGCUUAAACAUUGCAGAGAAGAUAAAUUACUUGCUUUUUAUGAUCCACUCAUUCCAGAGCUUGGAAGAUGAAAUGGUACGUGGAACAGUGCUCAAGCUAGUACAUUUACAGCUAUGGCACAGUCUCUCUUAUGGCCGUUUUCAGAUGGAGCUCUGCCUACAUCCUCAGCUGAUUAAAAAAUGGAAGAUAAUGGUCAAGAAAGAAGCUAAAGAAGCUAGAAAAUAUGGAGAAUCCUUUGAUCCUCGUAAUAAACUUGAAGUGAAAUUUUUACCAAUGCUAAUACAAGAAUUUUUGGAGAUAUUAGAUUCAAAGGUUAUACCUGCAAUGAAGCACAACGAAGAGGAAACAAUAAACAAUGCAUAUGAAAGCACUGAAAUGUUAGUGGAUGAAGCAUGUUUAUUAUAUUGUGAGCGCUUCAUGGAGUUCUUGAUUGAUUUACUAAGCCAGCUUCCUACUAGGAGAUUUUUGAGGGCUCUUGUUGAAGAUCUCUCUGUUGUGGCUAAAUGCUACUUGAGUGCACUUUACAGUCAUCCAAAGGGGCGGUUAUUUGCACAGCUGGUAGACUUGCUCCGAUUUUAUGUAGGCUUUGAGAUAAACGAUCAUGUUGGCACUCAGCUUAGUGAUGAUGAUGUUUUACUAGCUCACUGUUCUCGAUUACAAAGUUUUCAACUACUGGCUUUCAAGGAAAUUCCUAAGCUUCGAGAUCUAGCAUUGGCCAAUGUGGGUGCCAUUGAGAAGCGUAGUGAUCUUUGUAAGAAGCUUUCUGCUUUGUCUGCUGAGGAACUUAAGGAUGUGGUCUGCAAUAAGCUAAAGUUAGUUGACAUCAGUGAUCAGUGGGUGGAAAGGAUCGAUUUCCUCAUCGAGGUGAUGGUUUCUACUUUUGAGAAACGACAAUCUCAAAAGGAAGCAAUAAAUGCACUUCCACUGUAUCCAAAUGAACAAGUCAUGUGGGAUGAAAGUGUUGUUCCAAGCAUUAACUAUGCUGGUGAAGGAUGUUUAGCCCUUCCAAAACUUAAUCUGCAGUUUCUAACUCUGCAUGACUACCUUUUGAGGAAUUUCAAUCUAUUUCGUUUGGAAUCAACAUAUGAAAUUCGAGAAGAUGUCCAGGAUGUGUUGCCACGACUGGGAGCAUAUAUUAAUAGUGAGGGAGAAACUCGCUUUCGAGGUUGGGCUAGAAUGGCUGUGCCCAUCAAAGAAUUUAAGAUAAAAGAGGUAAAGCAGCCAAACAUUGGAGAAGUCAAGCCAUCAUCUGUUACUGCAGAGGUUACCUAUAGCAUUUCAAGAUAUACAUCACAUAUGAGAUCUGAAUGGAAUGCUCUCAAAGAACAUGAUGUCCUCUUUUUGUUAUCCAUACGCCCAUUUUUAGAACCACUAAGUAGUGAAGAUGCUUCAAAUCUAAGUAUUCCAGAACGGUUUGGCCUCCAGUGUGUACGUGGAUGUGAGGUUAUUGAGAUUCAUGAUGAGGAUGGUCACCUUAUGAAUGACUUUACAGGAAGGGUAAAGAGAGAGGAAUGGAAGCCGCCGAAAGGGGAACUUCGAACUGUUGUUAUUGCUCUAGAUACUGCACAGUAUCAGAUGGAUGUCAAUGCUAUUGCGGAUAAGGGUGCAGAAGAUGUUUAUAGUACAUUCAAUAUUUUGAUGAGAAGGAAGCCAAAAGAAAACAAUUUUAAAGCUAUCCUUGAGUCUAUAAGGGAUCUAAUGAAUGAAGCUUGUAUUGUUCCAGAAUGGUUGCAUGACAUUUUCCUAGGUUAUGGAAAUCCAAGUGCUGCACAGUGGACCAAUAUGCCCAACACAUUGGAUGUUGUAGAUUUUAAGGACACGUUUCUUGAUGCAGAUCAUCUCAGAGAAAGUUUUCCAGAUUAUGAUGUUUCUUUCUUUCAAGCAAAUGGUGAAGAAGACAAGUGUCCAAAACCUCCUUUCCGCAUAACACUCCCAAAGACAUUGAAGAGUGCUGCUAACCAGGUCUUGCCAGGAGUUACAAAGAGAACCAGUGUAGAUGGUGAGAAUGUGGAAUGUAGGAUAGAGAUAAAUGACAAACAAGAAAAGGUUGUUGUGGAGGCAUAUGUUCCUCCUGAUCCAGGGCCUUAUCCACAGGACCAGCCAAAGAAAAACAGUGUUAGGUUCACCCCAGUUCAAGUUGGAGCUAUUAUCUCAGGUAUUCAACCAGGAUUGACAACAGUUGUAGGUCCUCCGGGUACAGGGAAAACAGAUACUGCUGUGCAGAUUUUGAAUGUGUUAUAUCACAAUUGUCCUUCUCAGAGAACACUUAUCAUCACUCAUUCCAAUCAGGCUUUAAAUGAUCUUUUUGAGAAGAUCAUGCAGAGGGAUGUUCCAGCUCGGUACCUUCUUCGUCUAGGUCAAGGUGAGCAGGAAUUAGCAACAGAUCUUGACUUUAGUCGACAAGGUCGUGUUAAUGCUAUGCUAGCACGACGGCUGGAGUUACUAGCUGAAGUUGAACGGCUUGCCAAAACAUUGGGGCUACCUGAAGAUGCUGCAUAUACAUGUGAAACUGCAGGAUAUUUCUGGUUACUGCAUGUUUUCUCACGUUGGGAACUUUUUCUUGCUGCAUGUGAGGGCAAUCAAGAUAAGCCUACUUUUGUGAAAGAUAGAUAUCCAUUCAGCGAUUUCUUUUCAGACUCACCACAACCAGUUUUCACAGGCCAGUCAUUUGAGCGAGACAUGCGUGCAGCAAAGGGCUGCUUUCGCCAUCUUAGUACCAUGUUCCAAGAGCUUGAAGAGUGCAAGGCAUUUGAAUUACUCAAGUCCACAGCUGACCGUGCCAAUUAUCUGAUGACUAAGCAGGCUAAAAUUGUUGCCAUGACUUGUACACAUGCAGCUUUGAAAAGAAAAGAUUUUCUUCAGCUAGGAUUUAAGUAUGACAAUUUGCUCAUGGAAGAAAGUGCACAGAUUUUGGAGAUAGAGACAUUCAUACCUAUGUUGUUGCAAAGGCAGGAAGAUGGUCAUGCUAGGCUCAAGCGUUGUAUAUUGAUUGGUGAUCAUCAUCAAUUACCACCUGUAGUUAAGAAUAUGGCUUUCCAAAAGUAUAGCCAUAUGGAUCAGAGUCUGUUCACUAGGUUUGUGCGCCUUGGAAUUCCUUAUGUAGAACUUAAUGCACAAGGUAGAGCAAGGCCAAGUAUUGCAAAACUUUAUAACUGGAGGUAUAGAGAAUUGGGUGAUCUACCAUAUGUGCAAAGAGAGAGAGCUUUUCACUGUGCAAAUACAGGUUUUUCUUAUGAAUAUCAACUUGUAGAUGUUCCUGAUCACAAUGGUCAAGGUGAAUCUGCACCUGUUCCCUGGUUUUAUCAGAAUCUUGGUGAAGCAGAGUAUAUAGUUAGUGUUUUUAUGUACAUGCGAUUGCUAGGCUACCCUGCAAGUAAAAUAUCAAUCUUGACAACUUACAAAGGUCAAAAACACUUGAUCCGGGAUGUUGUUAGGCAAAGAUGUGCCUCACAUCCCCUCAUUGGGUCACCCAACAAGAUAUCAACUGUUGACAGGUUCCAAGGUCAACAAAAUGAUUAUAUUUUGCUGUCUCUAGUCCGGACCCGAUUUGUAGGACACCUUCGAGAUGUCCGUAGGCUUGUUGUUGCCAUGUCCCGUGCACGCUUGGGGUUGUAUGUGUUUUGCCGUCGUUCACUGUUCGAACAAUGUUAUGAACUACAGCCCACAUUUCAGCUUCUACUCCGACGACCUGACAAGCUGGCCUUGAAUUUGGAUGAAAUAACCUGUCCCACAGAGCGCUUGGUGGGAGAGCCUGGCAGGAUUCAUCUUACAAGUGGACUUCAGGAGAUGGAGCACAUUGCCUUGAGUAAAUUUCAUCAGCUUUAUCAGGCACAGAUGAUGUGGCAGCAGGUAGCUUCCAACUCUUCUCAGCAAAUGUAUGGAGGCAACUCUGGGUUAACCAUUUUGACAAAUGGUGAAUCUUCAACGGAGCAAAGAUCUUCUUUUGAGCACGUCAUUGCUCCAGAUGUGUCUCCUGGGACUGAGAAAAGUGCUGAAGCUGCAAUGGAUGAUAAAUUAGAUGAGGGAGAUGCUACUCAAGAUUGAAUCACUUUUCGUAUCUGUGUAAUUAGUCUCCGUCUCAGAGUUCUAUGAAGGAAAUGGAGGUGGUUGUAUCCUGACACUUAAAGGCUGUCACAAAAUGUCAAGAUGACCAGAAUUAAAUAAUAUUCUAAAGUCAUAUGAAGGAAAUGAAGCUGGUCUUAAUUUAAAGGCUGUCACAAAAUGUCGAGAUGAGCAGAAUCUUAAAACUACAAAAUCAUAUGGUUUACCUCUUCUUAAGUGCUAGGAUUUUCUGGAAAAUAUCUGGAUCUUCCCUCAGCAAUUUUCAGGACCUUAAAGAAACAUUGGGAAUCUUUUCUUUAACUUAAGGCUGGAGGAUUCUGAUAUAGGUGGUUGAAUGAAUGAAUUUUGUUGUCUAAAUUCAUUCAAUCAGGGUUCACAUCAACAUGUUCCAGGACGUCUCAUCUACUGUGAAAAAAUAAAGAGAAAUUAAUUUAAAAAAUCUAUUAUAACAGUAGAAAUAAUUUGGUGAUAGGAUUUGGUAGAUAUUUGUGCGAAUUUCCGAGGUAACUUCCUUAUUCAAGAGUCUACAACUAAUACCUGCAGCAUUAUGAUGCCAGAUGUUUUAGUGCUUCUUGAAUUUUUCAAGCACACUCAAAGAUGUCAAGGCAAGAAUAAUUCACUAAUUACCUGGCUAUCAGCUGAAAGAGGCGAGGAAUUGUACAAUAUGACAUGUAUUUGAUCUUUUCUCCUUUUCAUAUGUUUGAUGCGGCAACCUACGAGUAAUAUAUUCACUGAAAUACAGCAUAUGCUUUAUAAAUGGAGGGUGAACUUGUAUAUAAAAUAAAAGUAGCUUGAUUGUCCA